AUGUCUCAAUCGAGAAUCGCUGUCAUUAUCGACAACGGGUCAGGACUCUGCAAAGCAGGUCUGUCUGGGGAGGAAGCUCCCAGGACUGUAGUUGCUACAGUUGUUGGCUAUCCCAAGACCCGAGCCAUUAUGUUUGGCCCAGUUCAGAGAACGUGUUACGUUGGCAAGGAAGCCCAAGCCAAAAGGGGUAUCUUAUCUUUUAAAUAUCCAGUAGAACAUGGAAUAGUGACAUCUUGGGAUGAUAUGGAGAAGAUCUGGAGAUACAUCUACAGGCAUGGACUUAAGGUAAGAGCCAGCGAGAGGCCGGUGUUGUUGACUGAAGCACCAAUGAACCCAACAGCAAACCGAGAAAAGAUGACAGAGAUCAUGUUUGAACAUUUCCAGGUCCCAGCAAUGUUUGUGGGCCUACAAGCUUUGAUGGCCCUGUAUGCUUCUGCCCGUACAACAGGUUUAGUUUUAGACAGUGGUGCCGGAGUCACUCUGACCGUCCCCAUCUACAAAGGCCAUUGUUUGCUUCACGCCAUUUCUAGGAUGAACUUUGCAGGCCGCGAUAUCACUAGAUAUUUAGCGACCCUUCUGCUGGAGAGCGGGCACAGCUUUCUGAGCUCUGCCGAGAAGGAGAUAGUAAAAAACAUCAAGGAGAACCUGUGCUAUGUGGCUCUGGAUUCGAGCCACCAGAAGGACAAAGUGUCAGUUCAAGAAUAUACUCUCCCGGAUGGCACGCCGGUCAAGAUCGGGGAUCAGCUCUUCCGAGCUCCUGAAUCCCUGUUUAAGCCAACUGAUGCUGGAGUUACAGCACCAGGGAUCCACCAGAUGAUCGGGGAGAGCAUCUUCAAAUGUGAAGGAAGCAUCCACCAGAACCUCUGGAAAAACAUUAUCAUAGCUGGAGGAUCUACUCUCUUUCCAGGUCUAAGUGAACGUCUUCUCAAAGAGCUGCGAAGUCUGGCACCUCAUGGCCUACCUACCAAAGUGGAAGCCCCAGCAAACCGGAUACACUCCGUCUGGAUUGGCGCAUCGGUGCUCACCAGCUUGGCUUCCUUCAGGAACAUGUGGGUUACACAGCAAGAAUACAGGGAGGUUGGCCCCACUGUGCUGCAGAAGAAAUGCUUCUGA